AUGUCUAGAACGGUUCUUGGACAGGGUGGUUUAAAUAGUACAGAUUCCACUAGUACGGAUUCCUCUAGUACAGAUUCUUCUGGUACAGAUUCUUCUAGUACAGAUUCCUCUAGUACAGAUUCCUUUAGUACAGAAUCCUCUAGUACAGAUUCCUCUAGUACAGAUUCCUCUAGUACAGAUUCCUCUAGUUCAGAAUCCUCUAGUACAGAUUUCUCUAGUACAGAUUCUUCUAGUACAGAUUCUUCUAGUACAGAUUCCUCUAGUACAGAUCCCUCUAGUACAGAUUCCUCUAGUACAGAUUCCUCUGGUACAAAAUCCUCUAGCACAGAUUCCCCUAGUACAGAUUCUUCUAGUACAGAUUCCUCUUGGACAGAUCCCUCUAGUACAGAUUCCCCUAGUACAGAAUCCUCUAGCACAGAUUCCCUUAAUUCCUCUAGUACAGAUUCCUUUAGUACAGAUUCCUCUAGUGUAGAUUCCUCUAGUACAGAUUCCUCUAAUACAGAUUCCUCUAGUACAGAUUCCUCUAGUACAGAUUCCUCUAGUAAAGAUUCCUUUAGUACAGACUCCUCUAGUACAGAUUCCUCUAGUAAAGAUUCUUCUAGUACAGAUUCCUCUAUUACAGAUUCUUCUAGUACAGAUUCCUCUAGUACAGAUUCCUCUUGUAUAGAUUCCUCUAGAACAGAUUCCUCUAGUACAGAUUCCUCUAGUACAGAUUCCUUUAGUACAGAUUCCUCUAGUACUAAUCCUCUAGUACAGAUUCUUCUAGUACAGAUUCUUCUAGUACAAGAUUCCUCUAGUACAGAUUCCUCUAGUACAGAUUCCUUUAGUACAGAUUCCUCUAGUACAGAUUCCUCUUGUACAGAUUCCUCUAGUACAGAUUCCUCUAGUACAGAUUCCUCUAGUACGGAUUCCUCUAUUACAGAUACCUCUAGUACAGAUUCCUCUAGUACAGAUUCCUCUAGUACGGAUUCCUCUAUUACAGAUACCUUUAGUACAGAUUCCUCUAUUACAGAUACCUUUAGUACAGAUUCCUCUAGUACAGAUUCCUCUAGUACAGAGUCCUCUAGCACAGAUUCCCUUAGUAUACAGAUUCCUCUAGUACAGAUUCCUUUAGUACAUAUUCCUCUAGUACAGAUUCCUCUAGUACAGAUUCCUCUAAUACAGAUUCCUCUAGUACUAAUCCUCAAGUACAGAUUCCUCUAG